UUACGUUAUUGAACUAAAUACUCUAAGUCAUUAUUUCUCCCACCCAUUGGGAAAGGAAACAUUAUCAGUUUACCAUUAUUCUCCACUCCACUCCAGUAGUUCUGCAGUCAUGUCCCACAGAUUAGCUGCUGCCCAUCAUGGCCUCAUGAGCUGCCAUUGACUUUCAGUUCUGGGAAUUAGUGUAGUUUUUGUACAUGCUUCAAUCAGACUGUGUGGUAGAAUGAAAAAAAUACUGUUCUUUCUAGGUCCAAACUGCAAGUUGAUCCCUGUGAGGUACCUUUACCUUCAAACUGAGUUAAAAUGGAUGGCACAACAAGGAGUGCUCUCCUGUUCCUGUGGCACACCCUCUUCACUUCCAUUUCUUAUUCUAGUCUACCUCCUUUGAGGAUAACGAGGAGUUAUCAUCAGGAAUAGGAGGAAAAAUAAUCAGAGGAGGAUCUUGUUGUAUGUUGGAAUUGUGAGCUUGGGUGUGGUGGUGAGAAAUAAUCUUUGUACAGAGCUGCUGGUUCCAAGAGUCUCCCUCAAACCUUGGCACUGCAGUUGCAACAUCUGCCAUCAUUGCUGGUAAAAAACCAACUGCUGCAAUCAAGGCACUGCAUAGAAGAGCAUGGAGAAAUUCAGGAGUAUUUUUCUUUUGUGCCUUGGCUUUCUUCUAGUCUGUGUAAGAGGUCAAGGUGAUUUUGAUUUAGCUGAUGCCCUUGAUCACCCUGAUGACAUCAUUACCAGGAAGCCUACGGUGAUCAGAAGACCGACGAGACCAGUGUUCAACAAUGAUCUGCAUUUAGGAGAUGCUCUUGGUGGGGGUGACAUCUCAAGAAAACCUUUAUACCCACCUCUUCCACCACGCCCAGGAAGCUAUGGUAAUUCUGGAGGUUUUGAUGACUCAGAUCUCCUUGACGGAAAGCCUCUACCACCAGGAGAAGAGGAGCAUCAUUUCAAUCAUGGAGGGAACACAGAUUCGGGUUUAAUAGCAGGAGUUACCUCUCCUGUAAUUUCUGCAUUUGUAAUACUGGUUGUUGGAUCAAUAGCUGCCUACACUGCUUACAAGAAUAAGAAACUUUGUUUCAAACCACGUGGAGGGGCUACAGUGUAAACUACUGAAAGAAGAGUUGCUGUCUGAACACAGACUCCUUUGGUUGGUGACAUUCUACAUUGCCAUUCCGACAGAAGAAAAUCUUCCUCUAACGGACGUUUUCCUGAGACAUUGCAAUCCUGCUCUCUCUAACCUGACGUCACUUUUGCACCUUGAGCUUUAUGUCAUCAAAGAUAUGCUUAAAACAUCCAGGGGUUGUAUUGUACUCUCUGACCUGCAUUCAUAAGGGUCAGAUACAGAUUUUGACUCAAAAAUUAUCUUAAGUACAAAGAAAUCAAGUUUGAUAUAAGCUAAAAAUGGAAAGAUUUGGGUUUGUGAGGAUUUGAGUCACCAAAUAAUUUUUUUUUCAGUUUUCAAAAUUUUCCAAAAAACCUAGUUCUUCUGAUAGAAUUGGGAUAAAGAGUUUGCCAUCUCCUUUCACACU